CAAAGGAAGUACUGUAGCUACAAGUAAGUUAAAAUGAGGAAGCUCACUAAAAGUUCCACUUAAAUAGAUCUACUUUUUAGGUCUGUGACAAGUUAAUGUGAUUGCUUUAAGAGAUAGAAAUUUCAGGCUUUGAGUUAUUGAUGAUAGUCACCUGAUUUGUUGGGUUUUGAGAUUCGCUCUUUCUUGAGCCAGUGUUUUAGUAAUUGUUGCAGCCGUUUGAACUAUCCACUGAGUUUUUGGCCAUACCACAUCCUGUCGAGCUACACAGUGCUUCAACAUGGUUGUCACAGCGCAGUCACACAGCCUCAAGUAGAAGAAAGUUAAAGACUCUGUAAGUAAGGUAGCGAGUGAAUAGGACUUCUUUUGGCAGUCAGAGGUGAGCAAGUAGUCAUGGCAGACCAGGUCCAAGGCUUGUCGUUUUUCUAUGGCAACAUCACUCGAGAGGAAGCUGAAGCAUACCUGAGGCAAGGAGGCAUGAGCAAUGGCCUCUACCUGCUCCGCCAGAGCCGCAACUACCUGGGUGGCUUUGCCCUGUCUGUGGCUUACAACCAUCAGUCCUACCACUACACCAUCGAAAGGGAGAUGAAUGAUACAUACGCCAUAGCAGGUGGAAAAUCGCACCGCACUCCAGUGGAUGUAGUGGAGUACCAUGCACAGGAGUCUGAUGGCCUGGUGUGUCUACUGAAAAAGCCCUGUAAUCGGCCCCGGGGCGUCGAGCCCAAGGUGGGGGCUUUUGAAGAUCUGAAGGAGCAGCUCAUCAGGCAAUAUGUACAGCAUACAUGGAAACUGAAGGGUGCCUCAUUGGAGCAGGCUCUUAUCAGUCAGAGGCCUCAGCUGGAGAAGCUGAUUGCCACCACGGCACACGAGAAGAUGCCCUGGUUUCAUGGGACCAUCUCACGGGAAGACUCUGAGCCACGUUUACUUAACAACCGGCGCACCAAUGGCAAAUUUCUAAUUCGACAGCGAGAUAACAACGGCUCCUUUGCGCUCUGUCUUCUCCACAAUGGCCAAGUCAUGCACUAUCGCAUCGACAGGGACAAAGCUGGCAAACUGUCCAUUCCUGAUGGGAAAAAGUUUGACACACUUUGGCAGCUGGUGGAGCAUUAUUCCUAUAAACCUGAUGGCCUGCUUCGAAGCCUGACCGAAGCCUGUCCCCGACCUGAAGGUCCACCUGCACUUCCAGGAAAUCAUCCAGAGCUGGGUGGCACAAGUGGAAUUCUCUCCAGAAUCCGAUCUGCUUCCUUCCCCAAACCUGGUCUCAAAAAGACAACGUUUAAGAGGUGUAAAGAAAAGAUCUUAGAUGUUUGCCCUGGUAAGAUCACAACAUACCUUCGAAAAAGUCACGAGACUGAUAAUCCUUAUGCUCAGAGGGAAACAGUGCCUGGAACAGAUGACUUACCCAUGAGCACGGAGGUGUAUGAGAGUCCAUAUGCUGAUCCUGAAGAACUACGCUCAACCACAGUGGACCGGAAGAACUUGUUCCUGGAGGAUGGAGAGCUUGGCUCGGGCAAUUUUGGCACAGUUCUUAGGGGUAUCUACCACAUGAGGAAAACACAGAAACCGGUGGCAGUAAAGAUCCUGAAGAAUGAAGACAGCAAUCCUGCAGUAAAGGAUGAAAUGCUUCGUGAGGCUCAAGUCAUGCAGCAGCUGGACAACCCCUACAUAGUGCGUAUGAUCGGCAUCUGUGAAGCUGAGAACCUGAUGCUGGUCAUGGAGUUGGCUGAGCUCGGCCCUCUGAACAAGUUCCUGCAAAGAAACAGACUUGUUAAUAAAAACGUCACCGAGCUUGUGCACCAGGUCUCUAUGGGCAUGAAGUACCUGGAGGAGCAUAACUUCGUUCACAGAGAUCUAGCAGCCCGGAAUGUUCUAUUAGUCACCCAGCACUAUGCCAAAAUCAGUGACUUUGGUCUGUCCAAAGCCCUCACCAGUGAGCAUGAUUAUUAUGAGUCGAAAGGUCACGGUAAGUGGCCUGUGAAGUGGUAUGCGCCUGAAUGCAUGAACUUCUUCAAGUUCUCCUGUAAGAGUGACGUGUGGAGCUUUGGCGUGCUGAUGUGGGAAGCUUUUUCAUACGGCCAGAAGCCAUACAAGGGGAUGAAGGGAAAUGAGGUUAUCCAGAUGAUUGAGAGUGGUCAGAGGAUGCCCGCUCCACCCAGCUGCCCACAAGAGAUUUACAACCUCAUGUUGAAAUGCUGGACAUACAAGCCGGACGAGAGGCCAGGCUUUUCUGUGGUGGAGCCCAGGCUAAGAGAUUACUACUAUGACAUUUCUCAGUGACCAGUUACCUGGAAGAAUUUUCAGAAAGAAGAUUUACACCAUCAGCGAUGUUUGUACAUGUUUUUAAGGACUAGUUACACACCUUUUUACAUUAUUUGCCUGCAAGCUUAUUCGAAUGAUAUUGUUCUUGUUGUUGAUGCUGAUGAUGAUGAUGAUGAUGAUGAUGAUGUUAUUUUUGCCAGCCAGAGUUAUGCUCAGUGACUCGACUGCUUGUCCUGGUCACUUUUCUACAUGUAUACAAACCUUAACAUUACGUAGCAAUAAGCAGAGUAGCAAAUUAAAGUUGCCCAUCACCAUUAUUCUGUUUUUUGUUUAAUUAUUUAACUAUUUUGUGUAGAAUUCUAUUGUUUUUAAAAGUUUGCAUAUAUUUUCUUUACCUGCUUCAUACGUGCCAUUUUAUCCAAGUGGCAUUUAAAAAAAGGAACAUUGACAGGAACAUUCAAAGUACAUUUCACUGUUAGUAUACUGUACAUUAUAGUCAAACAUGUUAGUGCACUGAGACUCACCUGAGAAGGACUUUUGUUUUUUUUAUUGUCCCCUCAUCCCAAACCAUCAAACUUCAUCGCCACAAACUGUUAUGGCAACCGCUGCUCACCUGCUGUAAAUGUGACCUCCUUGUUAUCUAGCAUUCCAUAAGGCCUGAGAAUGUGAUGUCUUGACACACUAUUGUACGGGAUGUCCACAAUUCUGCCAGGGUGAUUCAAUCAACUAGUCCAACAUCCAGCUUAGUUAGCUGACAAACUGAUUGUUCUGGGUGUUUGAGUCGCUAAGGUAGGAAGCUAUUGUUUUGUUAUGAAAAGGCAACCUCUAUAACAACAAGUUAAUUAAACACAACAGGACAUUGUUUUCUAUAUAAGAAAUUAAUAGGUAUUAAUAGCUAUUUCUUUUAGAGCACAGCCAAAAAUUGUCUUAUCAUAGAUGAUAUUAAAGCUCUUUUAAAAUCUCUUCACGAGCAUGAAACAAGUUCAAUACAAAUAAAUUAAUAAAUAAAUAAAAUUAAUCAAUGCAUCCAUAGGAAACAUCACCAUAUCAAUUUUAACAACUCAUUAUGGAAGUUACUAUGAAAACUAAUAAAUAUUAGAGCAUAAUAUGUAAUAUCAACAUGCCGAUUUUACCCACAUACUGUUGUGAUUUACUUUUAUUUAAAAAAAAAAAAAGAAAUUUAUGCAAACGUAAAUUUCUUUCAUCUCUCUGCAUGUGUAUUCCAACAUAUCACAGAAUGUUCAUAACUGCAGUGUGAAAUGACUGUGAUUCCCUGAAGUCCUUUUGCAUGUACCAGAAUUUACAUUUCAAUUACAUGUAGCUUGCUUUUGUAUGGAAUAGCGAGUUGAAAGGAUAAAAUUAACCACAAUUUUACACAGGCUCUCUACACAGGAAAUCUUUCCUACUGAACUGCCUAUUUUAUUGUUUGUUAUUAUGAAAUAUACCUUUAGCUUUCUAUCUUAUAGAAUGACAGCAGUUUAAGGUGCUCGUGAUACUGAGCGAGGUGGCACGCUGGUGCAGUGGGUACAUUGCUUUCUUGUACCUUCAGGGUCCCAGGUUCGAUACUGAGCUCAGAUGACGGUCUGUGUGAAAUAUCUGUGAUUUUUCUUUCAAUGUUUGUGUGGGUUGUCUUUGGGUUUCCACCAGUUUCCCUUCACCUCUAAAAAAUCUGCCAAUAGUGUGUGUGUGUGUGUGUGUGUGUGUGUGUGUGUGAUGCAUACGUAGGCAUUCCAUCCAGGGUGUAUUCCCCUCUCACAGUCAGUGUUACUGGGAUACAUCUCAACUUUGUUCAGGAUAUGUACAGCAAAUCUGUAUAUAAAAGAUUUCACUUACACUUUUUGUUCAUACAAUAAUGAGCAACAUUGACACUGAUAGUCACAUGCAGGAAACUUCUUGUGAAUGCUACAGUAUGUGUUUAUGUAAUACAGCUAGAUUUUACACGAAUAAGAGCAUGUUAAUAUUCAGACCCCUGUAUCGAUUUCAUUUUCAUUCGAGUUGUAAUUAUGACAUUUUGCAACUAUUAUUUUGUUAAUCUCUAACAGUCUGAUGAUUUUUAUAUUUGCUAGAUUUUUUAUACUAAGAAAUAGAAAUCCUUAGUUGAAAUCUUUCACUGGAAUCACUGUCCCAGUGUCCUAAUCCCACCAGAAGUUCAUUGGAAUUUUGUUUAUUAUUGCUGGCAUGUUUACACUUAAGUUCUCGUAUUUGUUCUAUUUUAUUUUUGUCUAUUUACAGCUAAAGAACAAACUUUCACAUCCUUGUUAAUCUCCUGUGUUUUAUUUCUUUUAAUCAAUUCUGUUGUUUUUGUUUUUGUGUUUAUUAGCUUUUCUUUUGUCUUAUUGUGUUAAUUUAACUUUUUUCAGGUUUAUCCGUUGAGUUUUAAAAAUUUAAUAGAAAAAGGCACCUUUGCAGGGUUUUUCUUUGUUGUCUAUUUUUUGUCUGUGUGUGUGUUUUAAAAAGCUUACUUGAUUUCUUCCAGAUUUUUACUAUCCACGGGUCUUCCUUUUUUUUAAGUUUAAAUAGAGAAUGUGAUGCAUCUAAUUGGAUUAUGCACAAGUUCUGUUAAAAAGAUGUAAUAAACAAAUCUAUUAUUUUAAA